CUCCCGCCGCUGGUCCGGAGCUGUUCGCCCGCUGGCUCCGCGUGCGCUCCGCGUCCUCCGCGUUUUUCCCGUUGUGUCCGUCUGUCGGUCCGUUCGCCAGUCCGGCCGGCCGGCCGUGUGUCCGACUGUCCGCUAGCGUGCGGUUAGUGAUCUCUGCUACGCUCCGCCACGCCGCGCAGCAGGCCUAUCCCCGUGUGUAUGGGCGGGCCCUGUGAUAUCGGCGCCAGGUGGAGUGAAGGCGCCCAAGACAGCCCCACCAUGUCGCACCACAGUGAUGAUAACAUGCUCAUAGCGAGCUCAGACUCCUUUUGGGAGCCAGGGAACUACAAGAGGACAACAAAGCGUAUAGAGGACGGAUAUAAGCUUUGCAAUGAGCUCAUUACUCUAGUACAAGAACGUUCAGACAUUGAAAAAACUUACGCAAAAUCUCUUAAAAGUUGGAGCAAAAAAUGGAAUGACCUCAUUGAAAAGGGCCCUGAAUAUGGUACAACAGAAGCUGCCUGGAAGGGAGUCCUUGUAGAAGCAGACAGAUUGUGUGAUCUUCAUAUUAAAGUCAAAGACAACCUCUGUAAUGAUGUAAUAACACAAGUCAAAACAUGGCAGAAAGAUAGCUAUCACAAGUCAAUGAUUCAAAUUAAAGAAAGGAAAGAAAUGGAAGAUCAAUUUAAGAAAGCACAGAAACCCUGGGCUAAGUUACUUCAGAAGGUCAAUAAAGCAAAAGCAGAUUACCACACAGCAUGUAAGACAGAAAAAUCCGCGGCUAACCAGGAACGAAAUGCUACAGGAGAUAGCUCGUUAUCACCAGACCAGCGUGCUGCCUUGGUCAAAAAAAUGCAAGAUAGAGUGCAGAAAGUUAAGGAGGAUGUUCUGAAAGGCAAGGAGAAAUAUGAUCUGGCCCUGCAAGAAAUUAACGCCCAUAACCCAAAAUAUGUAGAAGAAAUGACUGAAGUAUUUAGCAAGUGCCAAGAAAUGGAAGCAGAACGCUUACGGUUUUUCAAAGAGGUUCUCUUUUCUAUGCAAAAAUGUCUGAACAUUUCUAAUGACCCUGUCCUACCGCAGAUUUACGAUGAAUUUUAUCACACAGUUAAUAAUGCCGAUUAUGAGAAAGAUCUGAAGUGGUGGUCUAACAAUCAUGGUGUUAAUAUGGCAAUGAACUGGCCACAGUUUGAGGACUACACAGAGGAACUGCGGGAAAUAGCCAAGGCAAAGUUGAAGGACACCCUCCCGGCAAGUUCCAUAACUCUCAUCAAUCAACGGCCAGUCAGCGAGGAUUUGCAUGAGUUCCCGCCGGUCAAUCAAAGAAUUCCAGCCAAGAAGCCAGCUAGUCGAGUUAUUACAACUGAUGUCACUUCGGAUGAAAGAAAGACAUCCCCAUCAGCUGGAAACAAUUCCAAUGCAAAAACGUCGACAACACCUACUUCAGCACCUAAUAAUGAUAAGACAGAUAGUUCUAAUAAGACACCAACAAUCACGAAUGGCACACCGCGGGCAGAAGCUAAUCCCUUUGAAGAGGAGGAAUGGGAUGAGGAGGGCAAUGAGGCCCUUGUAGACAAUGGAGAGCCGGGGGUCCCUGUCAAGGCUCUGUACGACUAUGAAGGCGCAGAGUCUGACGAGCUCAGUUUCAAGCAAGGUGAGCUAUUUGAAAAGUUAGAGGAUGAAGAUGAGCAAGGCUGGUGUAAAGGACGGAAAGAUGGGCGUGUAGGUCUAUAUCCUGCAAAUUAUGUUGAAGUUGUUGCAUAAUAAACACCUCAUCGUUCAGAGUGCUAUUGUAUGUUGGAACAUUUACUGUGCUACUACAGUGUACUUACAUGAAGCAUCCAUCGUUUUUGUGUGGCUUCCUGGAACUUUAUCAGGGUAGUUAUUGGUGGUUUUUUUUCUUAAGCUGAAUUCCUUAGUUGGAAGUUAUGGCAGACCAGUACGGUGCACUGUCACAUUCUUUUGAAGAACUGUAGUGAUUGUGAGUGAUAGUUAAUUAUUAUGUGCAUUUAAUUUUGAAAUUGUUUGGAUUUUCUUUCGUUAAAUAGUAUUAAAUUCAUUUUGUGAAUGUGUACAUACCUGUUCAAGAAUGUUAUGACUUGGACCAAUUGAGUGGAUUUGAGUCGUUGGGUGGUGCUAAGUUAUGUUUAUUUCCAGUAACAGAAGUCGGCUAAGAAAGACUUGGCCAUGCUCAAAGAAGAUUGUCUUGUUGCUUGUUGAAUAGUCACAAAUAAAACCCCCCUUUUCCCUACUAGCAUUGUUAGUAACAAAAAUAGUGUUGUAAAUUAUCUUUGCUUGGAAAGCACUUCAUUUAUCUGCCAGUGGGAAGAGGGAAGAAGCUUAUGAUGAUUUAAACUCAUCUUCUUGGUUUAGUUGCAUAUUUCUUGUUAAAUGUGUAGCACUUUGAUAAAUAUAGACUUUGCUCAUAUUGUAAAAUCAAAGAUAUUUUAAAUAAAAAAUUGCUGAGUUUAUCUUGUCAAGAGCUUCAAUAUGGUCACAAAGGAUGUUACAGUCUUGCAUUUCUCUGCAAUGGCUGUUUCGGUAUUUAUGUUUUAGUUCUACUUUACAUUGGGUGCACUUUUGUGUGGGCUGUGGAAUAUGCUACCAUGUGUAAUUGCUGUUUCAUCUGUGUUGCCUGCUGAAAGUGGCUUUCAGAUUUUGGUUUUAUGGACAUUUAAAAGUGAUAAGCAGCACUGCAUUUUGAGAAUGUAAUUGUUUGAUUUGACCUGUUAAUUGUUGAUUAUUACCAUCUUUUAAAAUGCCUUCUUCACUAUUAUUUUAUCAAUACAGUAAUUGCAGCUCUAUAUUUAUUGAACAGAUCUGAUCUAUACACAAUAAAUCAGUUGUUUUGACUUUGCCAUUCCAUUUUAUGUAUGUUGAUGAAAGUGAUGGAUUGAUUCUACUUGACCUGUGCUUUCAACUCCUGAAUGUCAUUAUUAAACUUGAUUAUCUGCUGCUUGUGUAAAGAUGGCUUUAUUUUGUGAUCAAAGUGGUUGGUACCCUUUACUCAAAUUCAUUUAUGUGUAACCUGGUCUGUAUUAGUUUUAAUAAUGUGAUAUGGGUUUUGCAGUUUAGAUAUCCCUUAUUACUGUGAAAAAUGUGUCCCCAUCCCCUGUGAGUGUGAUGAGUGUGCCAGAUUGUAAUUUUUUCUCCAAAGUGCUUCUAAUUGAAGUAGGAAUGAUGUUAUAUUAUUAGUCACCCUGCUUUAUUUAUGUGCAAUCAAGCAAAUUACCGAAGAGAAACAUGUACAAUGUAAAUUUGCUUUCAAUUGUUUUAUGAGUUGACACUGUUAUCUCUAGGUAACAGAUUUCACUUCCAGUUUUUUUUUUCUUGAAAAUGAAAGUGACUGCAAAUUACGGUACAUUGUUAAAGCUUUGUACAAAAAUGUUUCUUUUUGCCAAACUGGUAAUUUUGGUCACACACAGUACAGCGUACUGCAUACAACAUUACUCUUUUGGAUUUUCAUAUGGUGUGAUUGCCUUUGUUUUAGACUUUCACAGUAACCUUUAUCUCAGAGCAGGGGACCAAGGCACAAUCUCUUAUCAUGCAAAAAUAUUCAGGGGCCACUUGUUUCUGGAUUUAGUACCAACUGUCCAAAAACUUGCCUUUCACUUAUGUACACAGUAAAGACCCUAGCCAUUUUGUUAAGCCUUCCACCAGCCCAGUCUCAGUAUGUAAUCUUUUCAUUAGUCCUUUAUAAGUAUCCCAUUUUUUCAUGUUAUAUAGAGUUCUCUUACAGUUCCUGCAGUAUUUAAUUGGUAUGAAUCAGCCCUGACCCAGUGAUUUGCCAAUGCAUUCUUCAUGUGACAUAAGGUAUGGGCAUUUUAGCAUCACACAAGACCCUAGUCGUAGAGUAAUAUGAAGUUAUUGAAAUUGGGUCACUUUGCAAGGAUUUAAAAUGCACAGUUCUUAUAGAAGUAAUGAGGAAUGUGUUCUGCCCUUUUACCUUGUAGAUUAUUGUCUAAGGAAUUUUGUUUGACAUUCCAGUCUGAAUCAUGUAGUGAAUGAGUGUGUAAUUGUAAUAUAAAUCAAAAUGCAGAAUGAUCUGCUGUGUGAAUGUGUACAGUCGUCAUAAAUUAUUUGUUUCUGAUUGAACCUCAUCAGUUUUAUUGCAAUAUGUUAUAUUUAUAAAUAGUUGGUGACUAUUGUUCUUGUAUAGUUAGAUAGUAAUGAGGUAGGUAAUUUUGCCUGGUCAGGUAUCUAAUUCAAGUGUGCUUCCAAUCAUUUCCGUACUGUAGAGUGAUAGAUUUGUCUGUUUUCUAUGUCUCAUCAGUCUCCUCGUACUUGAGUAAAAGUCUUGAGGUGCUGUCUAACUUUUACGGAUGUAAUUGUGGUUUGGCAGAUCAAGGUUCACAAGAGCUUAUGCAGGUGCAUAAUUCUGACCUUUGUUUUGUUUCACUGAUUUGAAUUUGAAUUCUAAAAUUAAUGUGAAGUAGAGGUCAAAUAAAACUGUAUACUACUAUUGUUUUAUCAAAUAACUGAAUUUUGUUAUCAAAAAACAGGUAUUUGGUUCUACUUUUUAAAUCUCAACAGGGAAUAAAAUAUCUAAAGCAAUAAUCACAUGAAAGCAGUUCAAAUUUCUAUCUCUUCUAAUAUUUUCUACUAGGAGAAUUGUUGACCACAGUAGGUUCUGGAGCACUUUCUUAUGACUGCUAAUAUGUUAAAAUUGUGAUACUUUUUAUCACUUAUGUUUACAUUUGUUUGGUUCUCAUAUUUACUACUUAAAAUUAAUUUUGAUUUUCCAUCUUAUAAAAUGCCUACCUUACCAAAACUUUAAGAGGCAUGGUAUAAAUAAGAUGAAUUACCCUUUAAAUUCACUGUAUUUGCGUCACAUACAUUUGUAUAUGUGGGUUGGUUUUACACAAUUUUGUUUUGUGUUUUCAUUUGGAUGAAAGCAAGUUCAUGAGUGUAUAAAACUUUUUGGGUGCCACUGUCAUACUGCUAGUCUGUUAUUCAAUGUGACAAAUGCAGCUUACCUUAGCUUCAAUUUCAGUGCACCUAGAUCUGACAAUGUUUUCACGCCAAUGAUUCAAGCAGCUCUUGUGGCAGCAAAAUUUUCUACAGAUACCUGUUAUUUCUCUGUAAAGUUGAUUCAUUUUAGAAAUUGAUUUUAUAAUUUCUGUUUCAAUACUUUGUGAACAGGUAUUUAGAUUGUUGUUGAAUAUGUUGUUGAUUACUUUAUUAUAUAAAAUUUAUUUACUUAGUAACUGUACAUAGCUUCUCAUUGAUGCUAUAUCUGACAAAUUAUUUGUAUUAUGUGGGUGUACAUAUGUGGACACUGGUUAGUGUGAUUUUCACCUGAAGUUGAUUUGUUGAGAUUUACAAAAUCAGGUUGCCAAAUUAAUGAUAUUAUUGUCUAGAUUACAUUGAAUCCUGAAAAUUAGAACCAACUGGAGACUCUGAUCUUCCUAAAACUUUUAAAAAGUGAUUGUAGUGAAUCCUAAAAGAAAAACCAAUUAAAAUCAUCAGAAUAAUGUAUCUAUUAAUGAGAUAAUUAAAACUACUUGUAAACUGUUA